AUGAAUCAGCUCUCUUAUCUCUUUUUGUCAGGAAACAAAUUAUCAGGACAAAUCGCAUUAGCGUUGGGACAAUCCAGCGGGUUAUUAGAACUUGACCUUAGCCAUAACUUGUUAGAGGGUCAUAUACCUUCAACAAUUGGUGGCAUGAUCAACCUGGUGAAUCUUAACUUGUCUGCAAACAAACUCUCUGGUGAGCUAUCAGAGAAUCUUGGUGAGCUCGAUAACUUACUGCUGUUGGAUUUGAGCAGCAAUGAAUUAUCUGGAUCAAUACCCUCCAAGUUAUCAUGGCUUAUAUUUGCAGCAGCUCAAUGUAUCUCACAACAACCUCUCAGGUCACAUCCCUGA